UCGCUCAACAACGAGAAUCGGCCAUUUUGCCCUUACAGCUGGAGCAAAACAUUAGGGAAAAUACCUGUUCUGUUUUAUUUGGUGGCCUACUUUGGCCAAUAUCAAGCAUGAAUGCCUCUCUCAAAUCCCAAGAAACGUAGCCUCUCCAGUGAAAAUAGCUCUGAAGUGAAAAAGUCUCGCUUUUCAGAAGAGCAAAGCAAGAAACCGCGCGAAUCUGAUGUCGAAGAAGCAGCAGAAAACUUGCUGAAACUGGCGAUGGCAGAACCUCAACGAAAAGCAAACUUUUCGGCCCUUAACUCCUCAAACGGUAUGAGCAAACAACACACACAGCCUGUUGGCACUGCCAACAAACCUGGGACUGCCAAGAAGUUGGUGAUAAAAAACUUCAAAGAAAAGCCGUCGAUGCCGGCGAACUUCCAGGAGGUGACGUGGGAGAAGCUGGAAGGUGCGGUGGACGCCAUCCACAGCAGCUGCUCCAUCCGGUACUCUCUGGAGGAGCUGUACCAGGCGGUGGAGAACAUGUGCACCUACAAGAUGGCCACCGGGCUCUACAAGCAGCUGAUGACGCGCUGCGAGAAGCACGUCAUGGCCAACCUCAGACAGUUCCUGGCUGAAACUCUUGACUAUGAGCAGUUUCUGAAACUGAUUGACAACUGCUGGCAGAAUCAUUGUCGACAAAUGAUAAUGAUCAGAAGCAUAUUCUUGUUCCUGGACAGAACCUAUGUGUUACAGAAUUCCUCCAUUCUGUCUAUAUGGGACAUGGGCCUCGACCUGUUCCGACAGCACAUCGUCUCCGACAAGGUCGUGGAGACCCGGACGGUGGACGGCCUGCUCAAGCUAAUCGAGCGGGAGCGCAACGGCGAAGCGGUCAACAGACAACUGCUCAAGAGUCUGCUGAGGAUGCUCUCUGACCUGAAUAUCUAUCAGAAAGCGUUUGAGAAGAAAUUCCUGGAUGCCACAGAGUUGUUGUACACAGCGGAGGGACAGAGGCUGGUUCAGGAGAGGGAGGUUUCUGAAUAUCUCCUUCACGUGGACAAGCGACUGGCGGAGGAGAACGAGCGCCUCUUACUCUAUCUGGAUCAGUCAACAAAAAAACCAUUGAUUUCCUGUGUUGAGAAACAUUUGUUGGAGAAUCACAUGAAACAGAUUCUACAGAAGGGUUUGGAUCAGCUGCUGGAUGAGAACCGCGUGGCGGACCUGUCUCUGCUCUACAACUUGUUCAACCGCAUCAAGGACGGCCUCAAGCUGCUCAGGCUGGAGUUUGCCGCCUACAUCAAAAAAACUGGCCGGCUGAUCGUGGUCAACCCAAGCAAUGAUGUGGAGAAGGACAAGGACAUGGUUCAGCAAUUGCUCGAUUUCAAAGACAAGAUUGACAACGUGAUAUUUGAGUGCUUUAUGAAGAACGAAAAAUUUGUGAAUUCCAUGAAGGAAAGUUUUGAGUCGUUCAUUAAUCAGAGACAGAACAAGCCUGCAGAACUCAUAGCAAAGUAUGUGGACUCCAAAUUGAGAGCAGGCAACAAGGAAGCCACAGAAGAAGAGCUGGAAAAACUUCUAGACAAGAUCUUGGUGAUAUUCAGGUUUAUACACGGCAAAGACGUGUUCGAGGCGUUCUACAAGAAAGAUUUAGCGAAACGCCUCCUGGUGGGGAAAAGUGCAUCCGUGGAUGCGGAGAAAUCCAUGCUGUCCAAGCUGAAGCAAGAGUGCGGCGCGGCCUUCACGAGCAAACUGGAGGGAAUGUUCAAGGACAUGGAGCUCUCGAAGGACAUCAGUCUGGCAUUCAAACAGAGCCUCCAGUCGGCCAACGACUCGAUCGACCUGACGGUGAACAUCCUGACCCAGGGCUACUGGCCGGCCUAUCCCGUGGUGGAGGUGCAUCUACCCUCAGAGAUGUUGCGGUACCAGGAUGUGUUCAAGAAGUUUUACCUCGGCAAACACAGUGGUCGCAAACUCCAGUGGCAGCCUACCCUCGGCUUUUGUGUUCUCAAAGCAGAGUUUGACAAUUUCAAGGUGAAAAAGGAGAUUCAGGUCUCACUGUUGCAGACGCUGUGUCUUCUCUUAUUCAACGAAGGGGACGAGUUUUCUUUCCCAGACAUCAUGACGGCCACAGGGAUUGAGUCGAACGAGCUGAAGAGAACCCUGCAGUCCCUGGCCUGUGGCAAAGCCAGGGUCAUCUACAAAACUCCCAAGGGCAAAGACGUGAACGACACAGAUAUCUUCCACUUUGCCAACGACUUCAAACACAAGCUGUACAGGAUCAAAAUCAAUCAGAUUCAGAUGAAAGAAACGCAAGAGGAGAACACCAGCACGACGGAGCGCGUGUUCCAGGACCGCCAGUACCAGGUGGACGCCGCCGUGGUGCGCAUCAUGAAAACCCGCAAGACCCUCAGCCACAACCUGCUCAUCUCAGAGCUCUUCAACCAGCUCAAGUUUCCUGUCAAGUCGGCAGACCUCAAGAAAAGGAUCGAGUCCCUGAUCGAACGAGAGUACAUGGAGCGAGACAAAGACAACCCCAACACGUACCACUACGUGGCCUAGAGGCAGCGCGCUGGGAUUCGCACGGACACGCAGACACGGCAGGCACCUCUCUCUCUCGACAUUUCGUUUUGGCGGACGAGAGCUGCAUCUCGAAAUUCUGAUUUGUGAGGGAAGGACUGCAUCUCUUUGUUCUAGUUUGUUGGGGCUGUGUUUCAAUCUAUCUAGUGUAAUGAGGCUGCGGUUUGAUGUCCAGUUUGUCAGGGCUGGGCUGCAACAUCUGUACUCUCUGUUGGAACGGAAGUUCAGUACCUUUCUAGAUUAUCGAGGAAUUCGUCUCCAUAUCGUCCGCAAGCCUUUGAAAUGUCCUAAGCUCUGAAAGCAAAAUUUUUCUCUAGACAGAAAAGGUAUGUCUUACAACUGUUGUUGUGCCGGUACCGCACCUUGGUACCUACUAGAUCUAUAUUUAUGUCUGUGCUGGCUUUUUUUUUUUUCACUUUAAGAAUUACCGUUCUGGCAAAUUAUUUCUUGAGAACAUGCAACUCGUAGCAGGAAUUGAUUAAGUGCAGUGAAAACGAUGUUCCAAAUUUUGGGCCUAGUACAUUUGAACAGCUGUCGCGAUGACGUCUGGUUUAUUGGCGCCGCCGCGUUCAGACGCAGAGUUAGUUUGUGCUGCAGCUCUACGCCUAGUUGGAUGAGGGCUGCAUCUCCUGGCCGAAUUUGUUUGGGGGGGGGGGCUGCGUUUCGGUAUCUAGUUUGUUCCAAGUUUCUUUCUUUGUUUGGUUUGUUUUUUCGUUGGUGUAAAAAUUGUACUCUUGCUAUAUAUGGGGAGGUGGGGUGAAGGAGGCUGAAAGUUGAUGAAGUGGGCGAGAUCUUUGUGUAGACUGAGCAUUGUGAGAGUUUCAUCAGGUUUGUUUUUGGGUCUGUUUUGUUUGUAUCUGUGUUUGUGUGCAUAUUUGUUUUUAUAAGCCUGAAAGAAAUGUAAAGCCUGUUAAAAUGAAUUGCCUUUCCAUCCAAACUCUACAAGCUGCAUAGUGUAUUUGUCAGAUGAUGACACCUGGCUUGUUUUUUUUUGGGGGGGGGGGGUUGUCUGAGUUAUUUCAUUAUUUUCAUUUUUGGGUGAUAGAGGCCAGUGGUUUAGGAGUCUUGGGGUUACUUUCUAAUCAUAUAUAUGGUUGCUUUAAAGCACAAGGGGACUGUCCUGAAAAAUGCCGUUUUGAUAAAA